UUGGAUAGGAUCUGGGAGGCUUGGGAUAACCACGUGUUGUCUGAGCAACGGAGGAGCACACCAGUUCGUCAGCCUUGGCAAUGUGUACCGGGUUACAUGGAUUGGUAUAAGAAUAUCACGCACCUAUAUGUCGAGCACACUGAUGAACCGCGUAGCCAUGACCAUCAGGAUUUCAGCGAACAUGCGGAUCGUAUUGCACAUGCACUGCAGAUUUCACAUCCUAUUAUUGACGCUGGUUAUCAGGAGGGGAUUCGCCAUCCUUAUCGACUUUACCAGGCUAUCGAGAGUAUGACACAUGUUCUUGAAGGUCAGCACAUUGACGAAGCUGGACCUAGCUCUGCUGGACCUAGUUCUGCUGGAGGUCGCUUUCCAUCUUCGACAUUGACAUACAAUCGUAGGCCUAGGCGUAGGCAUACAGCUGAUUCGUGACAUGUUAUGUUGUUACAUGUUAUUUUGUUAGUUGAUGAAUAUUGUUUGGUGUUUUUUGUAAGAUGACAUUGUUGUAAUGGUAACAGUGGUUAAUAUUUUCUUAUUAGAAUGGAAUGGCAACAAUGGUAUUGUAAUGACAUUGUAAUGACAUUUUAUUAUUAGAAUGGAAUGGUAACAAUGG